UUCAUACUUUGUCAACUGUGUCACUUCCAAAGACAAUUCCAAUUUCCACGACCAUGUCAUUUGAAAGAAAUACCUCUGCAAAUUAAGGAAAAAAACAAAAAAACUUAUUAAAAACAAACAACCCCACAGACCAUGCACGAGCACGACCAAAAUUUUCAAAACGCAGUGCUUGGAAUAAUCAACCAAGGAUACAAUUUCAAAGCUCUUAACAUUAUUUUUUUUCCAUUCUGUCUCUUUCAUCAGUCCUCUUUUCUCCUUGUUUAGGUAAAGUCUAAAGACUCUUUUUUUCCACGUUGCUUUUUCUCCAAGUUCUGCUUUCAGAUUUUUCAGAACGUUUCACAUAAAGGGCUCAAUUGUUUCCUGAAUCUUUUCAACUCUUAUUUGUUUAUUUCACUUUAUGUCUUCACCUCCAAAACCAGCAUAUUAGUGAUCCAUUUGAGGCAAGUCAAUUCUUGGGAUUUUGGGUUUUGUAGUUUUAAGUUCAUAUUGUUUAGUUCCUGAGGUACACAAGGCAUUUGAUGCAGUAUUCAAUCUUGGAUUUUGAUAUGGUGCUAUGAGAUGGUUCCAUAUUUCUGAAUUCUUGAAUUUUAUUUUUUAGACAUCACCUUUCUCUCAGAGCCACUUUUACUUUGACUUAGUUGGUGUAAAUUUGAUCUAAUUGCUAAUCUUAUUAGGAUAUUGUCCUUUGUGUGAGCUAGGAGAUAUUUGUAGACAGACUUUGGGUUUAAGUUUUGUACAGCAGUGGAAGCUAUAGUAUGGAUGGGUCACAGGGUAGUUCGAGUGCCCCAGCGCCUUUUCUUAUAAAAACAUAUGAGCUGGUGGAUGAUCCAAUAACGAAUUCCGUGGUGUCAUGGAGUGAAAGUGGUUGUAGUUUUAUUGUGUGGGAUCCCCCAGAAUUCGCUUCAGAUUUGCUUCCCAAGUAUUUCAAGCACAACAAUUUUUCAAGUUUUGUCAGGCAACUUAACACAUAUGGAUUUAGGAAGAUUGAUCCUGACCAAUGGGAGUUUGCAAAUGAGGAGUUUCUAAGAGGACAAAGACAUCUUUUGAAGAAUAUUCAUCGACGCAAGCCAGUUCAUAGUCAUUCCAUGCAAAACCAAGAUCAUGUUUCGGCCCCAUUAACUGAAACAGAAAAACAGGAAUUUGAGGGGGAAAUUACUAGACUGAAACAAAACAAUGGCUUGCUUCAGUUGGAGCUACAGAGGCAUCAAAGUGACAAUGAGAUGUUUGAAUUUCAAAUGCAGUCUUUUGGUGAGAAAUUGUGGAAUAUGGAACAUAGACAGAACCAGUUGAUGGCCUUCUUUGCUCAACUUCUGAAGAAACCGGGUUUCGCAUCUAUACUUAUGCAAAAAUCAGAAAAUCAUAGCAAAAAGAGAAGGUUAUCGAUGCCUAAUCACUUUCAUGAAAGAGAAGUGGAAGAGAAGUGGAGUUUGAAUUUCCAAACUUUCCAGAAAGAAGAACUGGAUGCAAUAUCUGCUCCAACAUUAAAUUUGGAGCUGAUUGAGAAGUUAGACUCAUCAUUAAAUUUUUGGGAAAAUUUUCUGCAUGAAGUUGGUGAAGCUUUAAGUGAAGAAAAGUAUGAUAUUGGUGCAUUCUCACAGCUCCCUCCUAUCACUGUCACAGAAAUACAUGAUACUGAUGUGAAUAACCAGCCUUGCUCACCUAUAUCACAUGCAUAUUCCUCACCCAAUUCAGCAGAUACUCAUUCCAGAGCAUCCCCAGAGCUGGUUGAGUCAAUGAAUCAUGUGGACAGCCCUCCCUUAUCAUCUAUAUAUCUUGGGGUUGACAUGAUGCCUAACUCUUCAGGGAUUGAUAUAAAUUUGAAGCCUGCUAGUGCUCAAGCGGUUGAGACCUUAAAAGAAAGGGCAGAAGGGACAACAACUGCAUUGCCAACUCAUCCGAAUGAUGUCUUCUGGGAACAAUUCUUGACAGAACGACCCGAUUCAUCUUAUAGGCAGGAAAUUGAGUCAGAGAGAAGGGAUACUGAUGGCAGAAUGAGGAAUAACAAUGCAGCUGAUCACAAAAAAGUUUGGUUCUACCCGAGUAAUGUAGACAACCUUACAGAACAAAUGGGAUAUCUGACUCCAGCUGUAUAAUAAUCUUAUUGAUUCUUCUUCCACCUGAUAUUUCAACUGCUUGUGUAUACCAUUUUAACUGAUAGGUUCACUUACUUUUCUUAUGUAGUUGUAGGCAUGCCACUUGUUCAGCACUUGAGCUCAUUGUUGUGGUGCACAUCAGAUGUAUACCUGUUAGUUUCUGAUGUUACGAGAGAUUGGUCAUUUCUGUUAAAUUUCUAUAUGUAUAUGAUAAAAGUUAUAGGAUUUGCACAUUUGCAAAAUUUCCUUCCUUCUUUAGUUAUAUGAAAGUUACUUCAUGUCCAAGCA